GAAGUGUGAUCUGGGAUUUGAGCUUAUUUUUAAAAUGUCAAAUGAUAGCUGCUGCCUCGUUACAGCCUGUGUAUCCAAAGGUGUCUGUGUCUUUAAUAAUACUGAGUACGAGCCCGGUAUGCAGUUCUCCCGAAACCUAUGUGAGACAUGUACAUGCACAGAGGAUCAGGAUUCUACCAUGUUGAACAAAUAUGACUGUAAUGUAGAGACUUGUCAAGGGAUUCUUUGUGAGCCGGGCUAUCAAUUACAAAAGACACCUGAUGAAUGCUGUGCAUGUGUACAGACAAGCUGCAUUUUCGACAACCCAGAUGGUAAUACAGUAGUUAUCGGGCCUUCUGAGUCUUGGUCACCACCAAACGACACCUGUGUUCAAUACGAUUGUCGGAAAGUGAAUAACACAUUUAUAGUCAGUGGAAGCCGAAGAGUAUGUCCUGAUUUUGACCCAAACAACUGUGUUCCUGGAACUGAACAAACUGAUGCAAAUGGUUGUUGCAAAUCUUGUACUCCUCGUUCCACCUGUCAUAUGACGAAGAACGUCACCUAUCUGCAGAAAGACAACUGCAAGUCAGUUGUGCCUGUGGAACUCACAGCCUGUGAGGGAUCCUGUGGAGCAUCCUCAUCAAUGUACUCUUUCGAGAAGCUACCAGCAGUCCAAAGAAAGUGGACAUGGUCUGCUCUGAUGGCAGCAAGACAAAUUACUCCUACAUUACAGUCGACAAAUGUGGUUGCCAAACUGCUGAAUGUACUGAAGACUAAUAUACGAUUUAAUAUUCCAAACUAA